UAUAUUGUCGUUCAUAGAUGUCAUCCUCAUACGCAUAAAGGUUAUUUAUUAGUUGCACACUGUGCAUUUUCCGAUUCAGUGAUAAAACAUGGUGAUUUAUCUCCUAUAAAAUUAAGAGGGACUAAAGCAGAAUUGCUUUUUUCUACAUGUUUGGAUGUACGUCCUCAAGAAUUUACUCCAGACAAAAAUUAUCUUUAUGGAUUUCCUGCUUCUCUUAAAUCACUUAAUACACCGAUUUUACGUGAAGAUACUGAUAAUCAUGGUCAUUUUACCGAAGUUGUUUUACCAAAAGAAUUUCCUUUAGGUAGUGUUAUGCUAUUGAAAACAUCAGUAUCUAAGCAACAUAAUGGUUUGGAUGAAUUUUUGACAUCAGAUAUUGAAGAACCUUUUCAAGAAUUGGAUUUAGUUGAUUUAAAUAUUGUAUUAUAUCGAUGUGCUGGCGAAGAAAAUGAUGUUGCACCUGGUCAUAGUGUUUAUAAUAUUCCUGGAUAUGGAGAUCUUCCAUAUUGUGGUUUAGAAGGUUUCAUGUCAGUAUUAAGAAAGAUAAUGAGUCAUAAUGAUUUGGGACAUCCAUUUUGUUCUAAUUUACGUGAAGGUCAUUGGGCAUUAGAUUAUGUAGCAAAUCGACUUGAAAGGUAUUUAGAAAUCGCACCAAGACUUAAAAAGUUAAAUCAAUGGUAUAAAGAAAGGUUUGAUGCAAUUAAAACUGCACCAAGUUUCUUGAUACCUAAAUAUUUUGCACUUGUUAUUAAAACAGCAUAUACAGCUGCUACUAAACGUGCAUUAGAACAAUUAUCACUUUUUGUACAAGAAGGUGGACCGUUUAUUCAAUCACUUGCAUUAUGUUCUAUACAGGUGUAUGGUACCGUGUUAUCUACUGGUCUUCAUCCUAAAAAGACUGGUCCAUCAAUGGCUGCCGGAUUACCUCAUUUUACUUUUAAGCAUAUGAGAUGUUGGGGACGUGAUGUUUUUAUUUCAUUACGUGGUUUAUUUAUAACUACAGGAAAUUAUAAUGCAGCAAGAGAUCAUAUACUUGGAUUUGCUAGUGUACUUAAACAUGGGUUAAUUCCAAACUUAUUGGACGCUGCUCGUCGUCCAAGAUAUAACUGUCGUGAUGCUACAUGGUGGUUUCUUCAAUCUAUUCAAGAUUACUGUAAAUUCUCAUCUGAAGGAUUAGAAUUUCUUAAAGCAUCUGUUCUUCGAAGAUUUCCAAAGAAUGAUGAAUUUAUUGAAGCAGAUGAUCCUUUAGCUUAUAAAGAUGAAAGUACUAUAUUAGAGAUUAUGCAAGAAAUUUUGGAAAGACAUGCUAAAGGAAUUCAUUUUAAAGAAUGGAACGCAGGUCCCAAUUUGGAUCAUGCCAUGACAGAAAAAGGAUUUCAAAUUGAUAUUCAAGUAGAUUGGGAAACCGGAUUAUUAUUUGGUGGUAAUGAAUUUAAUUGUGGUACUUGGAUGGAUAAAAUGGGCGAAUCUGAAAAAGCCGGUAAUAAAGGAAUACCUGCAACGCCUAGAGAUGGUGCUGCCGUUGAGAUAACUGGAUUGUUGAAAUCUACUUUGAGAUGGAUUACUGAAUUGAAUCAACAAGGUUAUUAUCCUUGGAAAGGAGUGGAAUUACAAGAUCAAUCCAAGAAAUUUGUCACAUUUGCCGAAUGGAAUGAUUUAAUCCAAAAGUCAUUUGAAAAAUGUUUUUACAUUCCCAUUGAUCCUGCCGAUGAUUCAAAGUAUAAACUGAACACAAAAUUGAUAAAUCGUAGAGGAAUAUAUAAAGAUUUACAUAAGGCUUCAAAAGAAUAUGAAGAUUAUCAAUUACGACCAAAUUUCCCUGUCGCUCUUGUAGUGGCACCUGAAUUAUUUGAUCAGCACCAUGCAUUACAAGCCUUGAAUAUUGCACGUGAAGUGCUUGCUGGUCCAUUGGGCAUGCGUACAUUGGAUCCUAAAGAUUGGGCAUAUCGUGGGUUCUAUGAUAACAAUAAUGAUGGUGACGAUAAAUCAAUUGCUAAAGGUUGGAAUUAUCAUCAGGGACCUUGGUUAUGGUGUACCGGAUAUUUCCUUCGUGCUUACCUAUACUUUGACAUUCGAGUUGGAAAAGGAAAAGAAAGUCCACAUGAAACAAUUCAUGAUAUAACGCAACAUCUUUUACCACAUCGUAAAAUAAUUGAAACAACUCCAUUUGCCGGGUUACCUGAACUUACUAAUGCAAAUGGAGCAGAAUGCCAUCAUUCAUGUCCUACACAAGCAUGGUCUUCCGCUACUUUAUUAGAUUUAUUUGAUGAUAUAAAGAAGCUUGAAAAAACUAUAAUAUAG